AUGGCUUCUGCUUCCUAUUUGGAAGAAAUCGCCAAUCUUAGGGAAUCUGAUUUAGACGAAGUAAGUGGCGCGCGGUUUGGUGAUGAAAGGGAAGAGGAGUCCGGACAACAUCUGUUGGUUAAUAGGUGCGUUACCGCGACUGGGGAAAUUGAUGAGCGAAGUGCUUCAGGUCGGCCCGCUCCUUUGAAAGUGGUUCGUCUUCCGAGGAGGACUUAUCACGAGUCAGGGGUGCGUUUUGCGGAGCCUGUCGAGGAGGCUGGUACAAGUGAUCAUCAGUCUCUUCCACCCAUCGGUAUUGAAACGAUCGAAGCGGACGGCCGGCCCUUGAACUUUCUGACGAAGACGGAUGCUUCGGCUCUGAAAGGGAAUGAACUUCUGAGGUUGAAGUAUUGUUAUAAAUUUCCGUCCGGAGUGGAAGUGAAAGCUGCGACUUUUUAUCAGAGAGUUGAUUGGGAUGUUCCGGGAUGGGUGGCAAUGUAUGAAGCUCCGUUCAAACUGGGUCUACGUUUUCCGCUGCCAACGUUAGUACGGGACGUUUUGCGUUACUUCCGCAUUGCCCCAACGCAGCUCAUGCCGAACGGUUGGAGGCUUCUCUUAGCAGUUGAAUGUUUGAGUGAGAGGCUGGGACGUCCGUUCGGGUAUCGGGAGCUGUUAAACUGCUAUUAUUUGAAGGAACAUCCAGGAGACCCUGGCCGAUAUACUUUCAAUUUGUUUAGAAAGAAACAGGGCCAUCCGGUAUUAAACUUGACAACAGCUGACCGAGGGUGGAAACCCUAUUUCUUCUGGGUUCGAGGGGAGAUGGUAUUCGGUCCCGGCGGAUCGGACGGAGUUCCUCUUUCUUGGAAGAAAGCUAGUAAGUAUAGUAUAUUGUUCAUUUCGUUCGCGAUUGACUGACCCAGACUUAUACUUUCCUUUUUGCAGGAAAUUUGAGCACGAAGCCUGCCUGUGAUAACUACGAGCGAGCUUUUAACAAUUUCGUUGGGGACCUUACUGCCAAGGAGAGAGAUUGGAAGGACAUUUUGAAAGAAGCAAACCUCCGUAGGAGCUCUUUGUGGUCGCACGUACAAGACUUGCAAGAAGAAGAAAGAGGGUUAUCGGACGAUACAAUGGCUGGCCCGGUUGAUGUUAAAAGUGCUGGUGAAGCCUUUGAGCGAAGGAAGAAAGCUGCUCAGGAAGCCAAAAAGAAGUCGUCCAGAGGAAAGUCUGGAAAGAAA